ACGUCUCCGCUGUCAUGGGGGGUGGAGACCUGAAUCUGAAGAAAAGCUGGCACCCACAGACCCUCCGUAAUGUGGAGAAAGUGUGGAAGGCUGAACAGAAGCAUGAGGCGGAGCGGAAGAAGAUUGAGGAGCUUCAGCGGGAGCUGCGAGAGGAGAGAGCUCGGGAAGAGAUGCAGCGCUACGCAGAGGAUGUUGGAGCUGUCAAGAAAAAAGAAGAAAAACUGGACUGGAUGUACCAGGGUCCUGGUGGAAUGGUGAACCGUGAUGAGUACUUGCUGGGGCGCCCCAUUGACAAAUAUGUCUUUGAGAAGAUGGAAGAGAAGGAGGCAGGUUGUUCUUCUGAGACUGGGCUUCUCCCAGGUUCUAUUUUUGCCCCAUCUGGUGCCAAUUCUCUUCUUGACAUGGCCAGCAAAAUCCGAGAGGACCCGCUCUUCAUUAUCAGGAAGAAGGAAGAAGAGAAAAAAAGAGAAGUACUGAAUAAUCCUGUGAAAAUGAAGAAAAUCAAAGAAUUGUUGCAAAUGAGCCUGGAAAAAAAGGAGAAGAAGAAAAAGAAGGAGAAGAAGAAGAAGCACAAGAAGCACAAGCACCGGAGCUCUAGCAGUGAGCAGUCCAGCAGCGAGGACGAACGCGGCCGGGUGAGAUCACAAAAGAAGAUGGCCAAUUCUGCUCCUGUUUUGUCCAAAGCUGCUGGAUAUGGUUUACAGAUCAGAGACUCUAGCUAUAGCCAGAGACUGCAUGGCCCUCUUCUGGCGGAGGCAAAGGGAACGCAUGGAUUGAAGAACCACUCCAGGUCCAGAAGCUCCUCCCACUCACCCCCCAGGCAUGUCAACAAGAAGAGCAGCACCAGGGAGGCAGGGUCCCGGGACAGGAGGUCUAGGUCCCCAAGGCCCAACAAACUACACAACUCUAAGGGAAAUAGGAGAGAGAAGGAACGAAGUAAGAGCCCAUCACCUAAAAAAGAGGUCUACCAAAGGCGGCACACUUCUGGCUACACCAGAAAACUCUCAGCAGAGGAACUAGAAAGAAAACGGCAAGAGAUGAUGGAAAACGCCAAAUGGCGGGAGGAAGAGAGGCUGAACAUCCUUAAGAGGCAUGAGAAGGACGAAGAACGGGAGAAGAGGCUGGAGAAGCUGGACUCCCGGGAUGGAAAGUUUAUCCACCGCAUGAAGCUGGAGAGUGCAUCUACUUCCUCCUUGGAGGAUCGGGUGAAGCGGAAUAUCUACUCUCUACAGAGAACUUCAGUAGCCCUGGAGAAGAACUUUAUGAAAAGAUGA